AGUACAGCAUCUCCGCGGCGGCCAUCGCCAUCUUCAGCCUGGGCUUCGCCAUCGUGGGCACGGUCUGCGCGCUGCUGUCCUUCGGGAAGAAGCGGGAUUACCUGCUGCGGCCGGCCUCCAUGUUCUACGCCUUCGCAGGACUCUGCAUCUUCGUGUCGGUGGAAGUCCUGCGGCAGUCGGUGAAGCGCAUGGUCGACAGUGAGGACACCGUGUGGAUCCACUACUACUAUUCGUGGUCGUUCGCCUGUGCCUGCGCGGCCUUCGUCCUGCUCUUCCUGGGCGGGCUGGCCCUCCUGCUCUUCUCCCUGCCCCGGAUGCCCCAGAACCCCUGGGAGUCCUGCAUGGAUGCAGAGCCCGAGCAUUAG